GGUCAUGGGCUUCAGAUCAGUAUGGGUGAUUGAUAGUUCAUAGUGUUUAGAAGACAGUCGUUCGCAAUGUGAGAUCUGAGAAGUACAUCUGUACCGACGCCACAUCAUGUCAAAGAUGAAGCCCGAUUACAAGAAGCUCAACUAUCUGGAUCUUCACAGACCUUUUGAACAGGUUGUCAAGCGCCUUGAGGAGUUGGAUCUUGCAAAAGAAAUCCGAAAUGGAUCUGAUACAGCUCCAAGUUUCGACACAGAAAAGGUCACUACCUCGCCAUCGUCUAGAAGUCAUCAUGAUGAAAGUGCUCAGUCAGAGAGACUGAUGCGUCAUGCUGCUGGAGCCGGAUAUCUAAACUUUGAAAAGAGAUUCGUGAAAAGACUUCCCGAAGAGGAUCUGUUUCUGAAGAUCAAAGAGGGUGAUUUGGAAGGCGUGAAGAAAAUCUUGCAAGCUGGUAGCGGCGAUCCACUGAGGUGCACUGAGGAUGGAUUGAACUGCUGGCACUUGGCUGCGAGGUAUGGGCGCCAUCUAAUCCUGGGUCUGCUCAUAGAGCAGACUCCUUCAGAAAAUCUGCCGCCUAUUCUGGAAAGGAAAUCUACCGAAUCCCCAUUCCGCACAGCUUUGCACUAUGCAGCUGACAACGUGAACACAGAGGUUAUAAAUCUUCUAGUCCCCCAUCAAACCAUCGAUGUGCUGAACGAUGUAGAUGGCGACGGAAACACGGGGCUCAUGAUUGCAUGUGAUCGAAGCUCUGGGGGCGAACAAGCGGUCGAGAUACUUCUGCAGAAAGGUGCUGCGGUCAGUACGCAGAAUGACCAAGGCUAUAACUGUCUGAUGAUUGCUGCAUCGAGAGGUAACGUCGCAUUAGUACAGAGAUUUAUGUUCUCAGAUGUGGGCAUCAGGUACCUCCGGGAGAAACGCCUCAUAGGCAUGACUGAGCCACAACCGCAUCAGAUGUUCGUAAAUGCCAGUGCCGACGUAACGAAUGAGACCGCACUCCAUCGAGCGGCUGCGCGAAACUACUGGAAGGUGUUACAACUCCUGAAGAAUGACCACAACAUCAUCGUGGACGCGCGCGACUGGCUCGACCGCACGCCUCUAAUGAUUGCGGCCGUGGAGGGUAACCUGUCGGCGGUCCAAAUUCUCCUGAUGUGCCAUGCUGACGUGAACCUCCUUGACAAGUCCAAGAGAAGCUCCCUGCACGCGGCCGCUUCCCAGGGUCGCUCGAAGGUGCUGUUCGAGCUGCUCAUGGUGGACGACCUGGAUGUGGGUGGCAAGGACAAAGACGGGGACACGGCGUUGGACAUUGCUUGUCAGCUUGGCUAUAUAGAAGCCGUGAGACAGAUCGUGGACAGCAUAAAGCUGCGCAUCGAGCGAGAAUCGUCAACCAAGGUGGCUCGCAGGAGCUCGCAGAUGACAGGGCCGCGUGCGAAGUUGCGAGCCGCGUGCUCGCACGAAGAUGGACGGAACUGCCUGCACAUCGCAGCCUCCCACGGCCGCGCGGAGGUCAUUCAGACCCUUGUAGGUUACCGAGGCCUCUUGGACAUAGAUAGUCAAGACCGUCAGGGUAACACAGCGUUGAUACUUGCAGCGGAGAGCGGGCACACUGCAGCCUUCCAAAUGCUGGUGCAAUCUGGAGCAAACGUGUUUCUUCUUAACGAUAACGGUUAUAAUUGCGUGCAUGUGGCCGCAAAAUCUUGUCAAAACGACCUUCUCGAAGCGUUCUUGAUUGAUGAGGACAGUGCUGAGUUCCUGGGAUCCGAGCUGCUGGAAGGGAAGGAGGCACUCUGCCCUACAAUUCCGAGGUUCGGGACGGACUGGAUGCCCAAGGACGGCCCGUUGGGCCAUGCGUGGAAUGUGGCGCGUUUGGAGCUCUUGGAGAAGACUGGUGGUGAAAAAAAAUACACUCCUCUGCACUUGGCUGGAAUGGCCACAGAAAAUAGUAACAGCCAGAAAACCCAAAUACUCUUGAUGUGGAGCUACUUGAUUCUUGCGCUGAAGGUGCGAGGAUUCUCCAACCAAUAUUUCUAUCUGACGCGUGACGACGAGUUCCAGAGUCUUGUCCGAGAGCAACUAGCGGCCAUGUACGAAGAGAAAGAGUUGAGAGAUUUAGCCAGCACUCAUCAGUCUCGCUACACAGUCCUCUGGUUUUCUAUGAAGCUACGUUGGUUUUGGCGUGACAGGCCCUCGACUUUUUUCAGAGUGAAUAAAAUCUCCGGAGGUGCUGUGGAUAAUUUACUGAUCAAAGAGUUUGUCGAGGCUUUCAUUCAGUCCCUGAAUUACUGCAACGCUGGAGACGAAGAUAACACAACAGUGCUGCAUUACGUUGCGAAUCGAACAACUCAAAGCCGAGAGCCCGACGAAAAGUACAAGAGCUUUGUAGAAAGACUUCUGAAAUAUCCGGCGAUCGAUGCGACUGUUGUUGAUUCGUCGUCGGAGACGCCUCUGCAUCUCGCCAUGAAGAGCGGAAAUGUGUGCGUCGUCAGGCAAAUUCUCGAAAUGGUUGAAAAGGCGCACAUUACUCCUCUCAUUCUGACCGCAGAAAACAGUAGCAAGCAGACUCCUUGCUCGAUCGCAUUUGAUAGAUGGCAGGCCAACGCAAAGGCCGCUCGAAGGCACGGACGUUCCCCUGACCCAAACGCCGAGUACAGCGUCUCUCUGGAAUUGCUGGAGACUUUUGUGAUCGAGAAAUACUUAGAGCAGGAAGAUGCCAUCAAUUCAGCGCAAUCCGGCUGCAAAGAAGCAAUGUCCACUUUGCUCCAUUGCCUGGCCGUAAUUCUCCGAGAUAGACUACGUCGCGAUAAGAAAUCGCCAGCAGGAGGUGACGCGCUCUUCCAGACUACCGGGACGGACGAUUACGGCUUGACUUUGGUGCACUACGUAGCAUACAGAGGUUCAAGUCAGCUUCUCGUCAGCUUACUAAAGCGCCACGAGUACCAAAAUCUGGUGAACAAGAAGUGUACGUCCGGUUACACGCCUCUGCACUUCGCGGUGGUCAUGGUGAACUACGAGGUGGUCCGGGUGCUUCUGAAAGGCCCAGCCUCGACAGAGCACAACGACCGCGCCGGCAAGGCCGAGCUCGCGUGGCGGGUUCGAACAACUGAAGAGGACGGAUCCGGAGAGACCCCGCUGGAGAAGGUCGGGAAACUCAAGGCCGAAUCCGAGCUCCCCGCAGCGAAGGAUCGCCUGUCGCACAUCGAGCAGAUGCUUCUGAACGAGAGCGACGUCCGAGAGUACGUGGACAAGCUGUACAGGGACCGGCAGGUGUACGUGGACGCCUCGAACGCCAUGCUGGUCGGCGCAGCCGUCAUAGCCAGCGUCACCUUCGCGGGCUGGCUCCAGCCGCCUCUGGGCUACGCGGAGUACAGCCAGUACCCGGUUUCGGACUCUGCUCCCUCGGACGGCGUCCGUUUCGAAUCCUAUGCGGCAGUGCAGCAGCACCCGAGCGUUCAAACCUUCUGGGUCUUCAACAGCCUCUCGUUCUUCUUCGCAGUGGCCGCUGUGGUGUGCGGGGCGGGGGCGUCACUGCAGAUGCAGCUCUCGCAAGAGGCCAGUAACUCUUUUGCCAUCAAAGGGGAAGUGAAGCGGAUCCGGAAAUGGUUGGCCGUCACGUCCCUGCUGAUGGCGGGCGCGAUCGUUUGCGUUCUGGGAGCAUUCGGAACUGCGGGCUACGUUGUUCUGCCCCCGGAAAUGAAAUUCCGAGCAGGUAUGAUUGUCACGCUCUGCAUCGGUAUUCCUAUUUGUGUGGCUUCUCUCUACUGGUUCUUCCGGUCGUCGGGUAUUGUCAAGGUAGGUGUGGGAUGGGCUUUGCACACGAAGCAACGGCUUUUCUUGACGCUUCGGCUUUGGAUAUUUGCUUUGUUAAUUUGGUAUAUAUCUUGAUAAUUUGUCAUAACUAUUAUGGCGUCAAUCAAUUUUUAUUUAUGAUAAAUAUAA